AUGAACGCAGCGUGCGUCUCAUACUGCGAUAUGACAUCGAUGGAUUCAUAUUAUAGCGCGUCUACUGCGCAAGGUAGGGAUCACCAGGCGAACCAGUUCAGGACUUUCCCGAACACUGAAACCAAAUACAGCCCCACGUUCAUUCCGGGUAAAGGACAGGUUUACGGAGAGAAGUCCCGGAGUCCUUUCCAGACGGAGUGCCAGUCAUUGGAUGGCGCUGAGGAGGGCACCUUCAACAAAUACCAACUCUUCAUGCAGCGGCCGAACUGCAAAACUCCGCCCGAAGGCAACAAACUGCACCCGGACAGCGGACACAACGGGACGCUCAUUCCCUGCUAUGGAAAAGACAACAGCGGCCUGACAGAAUCUGAGUUACCCCCCAGUGUCGACAAUCCCGGGAUGGAAGGCAGCUAUCUGAACCUAAAAGCGCCAGGCGAGAAGGGGAUGAGCGAGCGGCCGGGCUCUGACUUCUCCAGCCCUCUAGACAAAAGUGAGCCCGAGAGCAACAAAGGCAAGAAGAGGCGCAACCGCACCACAUUCACCAGCUACCAGCUGGAGGAGCUGGAGAAGGUUUUCCAGAAGACACACUACCCAGAUGUUUAUGCCCGCGAGCAGCUGGCACUGAGGACAGACCUGACGGAGGCGCGUGUACAGGUGUGGUUCCAGAAUCGCAGAGCCAAGUGGAGGAAGAGGGAGCGUUAUGGCCAGAUGCAACAGGUCCGGACUCACUUCUCUACUGCUUACGAGCUGCCUCUGCUGACUCGGCCCGAGAACUAUGCACAGAUCCAGAACCCUUCGUGGAUUGGCAGCAGCAGUGGAGCAUCUCCAGUGCCGGGUUGCGUUGUGCCUUGUGACACCAUCCCCUCCUGCAUGCCACCUCACCCUCACGGUCCUGGAGGCGUCUCUGACUUCCUGGGCGUGCCCAGUCCAGGGAGCAGCCACAUGGGACAAACACAUAUGGGCAGCCUUUUUGGGGGUCCCGGGAUGGGCGGUGGAAUGAAUGGCUAUGAUCUCAAUCUUGAUCCAGACCGCAAGUCUUCCAGCAUAGCUGCACUGCGUAUGAAGGCCAAGGAACACAGUGCAGCCAUCUCUUGGGCUACAUGAUGUCUCAGCCCAGGUCCACCCUGCCCCCAUUGGCCCUCUUCUCUGGAGCAGCCAUCAUUGUGGGGGAGGAGGGAGUUUUUCUGAGCGCACUAAAUGAUAACACAGGUCAAAUGAACAGGGAGAGACUGUGGAGAUAACAGGAGUCCAUUACAGCAGCCAACGCAACCAAGAUAACAACUGUGAGUGUGACAAUCAGCAGAUGCUGAAAGUGAAAGAAAUACAGAGGUGUGACUCAGAAGAAGAUGUUACUGAGAUGUUGUGUUCAUUCUUGAUUCCUUAAUCUCUCAGGUCUCAUUGAAGUAUGAUGGGGUUUAGUCCCCUAUAAACUGGGUAUCAUUCACGAUAGUGAUGGGUUUCAGUAAAAUAAGCAACAAAAUAAAAAUGGUUUACAAAAUCCGUUCAUAAAAUACAGGAAUUCAGUGCCAAAGCAGUAUUUUAAUUUACAUUAGUAUGCUUGAUUCACGUUAUUAAGUUACUUUAGCUUAUUUUUCAUUCCAC